GUCGUAUUUAUUUAUUCCUGGUUCACCGACAGUCUGGCUUGGCGCCAGCUGCCUAAGAGGACAUUUCGUUUAUGCUCACCUGCAUUGACCUGGUGGUUGUUUGCUGGUCCACUAUCGUUGCCAUAGAAUCAGUCUAAUGGCGCCCACCGCGAUGGGAGAAAGUUCUUCUCGUUUAAACAAGUCCGGCAGGGUAAGGCUGAAACAGUGGGCCCCGAAAGUCAAAUCGGGUUGUAUAACAUGCAGGAUACGACGCAUCAAGUGUGACGAGACGAAACCGAGCUGCACGAGAUGCACAUCGACCGGAAGAAACUGCGAUGGCUACGGCGAUCUUGCUCUCAAGCAGAUGAUCAAGCCACCAAACCUGGUGCAGAUGCCCUCGGUCUGGGAACAGGUCUCCGGCAACACGAUCGAGAUCGAGAACUUUGCUUUCUUCCGCUCCGUCACCACCCCGGACCUAGCGGGCUUCUUCGAUAUUGGCUUCUGGACCGGCAAACUGCUCCAGCUGGCGCACCAGUAUCCAGCCCUCUGGCAUGCCAUGACCGCGCUGGCAUGUGUACACCACGACUUUGUGACUGAUCGAACCCCGAGCACCGUCGCACGGGUCGGCGACACUCCGAACAUGGGUUUCGCCUUGGUGCAAUUCAACAAAUCCAUCCAAUCACUCCGAGAGCUGCUUUCGAGGCCCAGUGUGACGCGUCUGGACAAAGUAGUGGCGCUCAGCACCUGUCUCUUGUUCACCUGCAUGGCGAGUCUACAGGGCCGUCAAUGGCAGGCCUUUGUGCAUAUCAACUCGGGUCUCAAGAUGUUCCAUCACUGGGACUUGGGAGUCAGGAAUAGCAAAAGACUAGACCAUGAUCGGGAGAUCGAUCUGUUACUGGUGGCCUUUACGCAACUCGAUACCCAAGCCCGCCCAUACCUCCCCAACCAAAGGAACAAUUUCCAGUGGACAGACAGCCAAAUCGUCCUGUCAUCCGCCAAGGAGCCAUUCCGCUCCCUGCUGGACGCAUAUCUCUCCCUAGAAGUUCACUUCAACAGUCUGAUGCGGCUCAUGAUGAGCAAGGAAUUCGCCAACCCCGCUCGCGUUGCUGAGAACCUCGUCAAGAAGCAGAAAUGCGCCGACGACUUCGAACAGUGGGACGUCAGGCUGAGCGGCUUUGUAUCCAGCGCGGCUCCUUCCGAGACAGAUGACGGGGCCCUCGACCUGCUCUACAUCCGUCGCAUCUUCGCACACGUGUUCCUGUCCCUCGAUUUCACCAAAGGCGAGCUGUGCCAUGACGACUUCUUCGAAGAUUACAAGCGCAUGCUCAAUCUGGCCACGAAGCUGUUAGAUGACCUGAACUCGACCCCUCAAGCGAGCAAAAACACCUCACAUCCCAACUUCUGUCUGUCAACCACCGUGGCCGAGCCAUUGUUUCUCAUUGCGACUCGCUGCAGGGAACCCACAGUCCGUCGCAAUGCACUACGCUUACUUCAGCGAUACCCGCGCCGCGAGGGGAUCUGCGAGGGGAUGGUCGCCGCGAAGAUCGCCGAGACGAUGAUUGACAUCGAGGAGAAGGGGUGUCAUGGAGGACAAGCGGACUCGUGUACAACAGGACAGUGGGUGUGUGGGGUUCACCGCGUGGCGAUCGUGAACUUUAUCCUAGUAGCGGAAAAGCAGAUCAAGAUUCAGAUCCAGACCGUCGAGGAUUUGAUGCUGGGGAGGGCCGAGAGGGUCCUGGUUACUAGUUACUGGUAA